AUGCACUUCGCCUUUCUCUCGCUCGCUCUCGCGCCGCCCACCGCUCCGGCCAUGUACCGCAAGGGCCUUCGCUUUGGCAGCCGGCCUGUCUUUCGCGAGCUCAUAUGCGGACAAGGGCUUGUCGAGUCGUCCGGCUCGUCGGUAAUGUGUCAGUACGCUCAAGGAGAGCACGUACACUUCUCGGGGAGGCUAGUUUCAGCGCAGCCCGCGGAGGCCAACGGGCCGCUCAGCCCUAUGCACGGCGGCAUCGCCAUCGUCCGGCGUGGAAGUUGCUCGCUCGAGGAGAAGAUGCGCAACUGCGUCGCCGCGGGGGCGUCUGGUGUCGUGCUCGUCAACACCGAGGACUCGCGCUUCCUUGCGGCGCCGGGAGAAGGCGUCCCGUUUGUGUGCGUCUCCUCCAGCGAUGGCGCGAGCCUCAGGCCGGGAGCCAGCGCGUCCAUUUCGCCGCUGCCUCUCGCACACGGCACGCCUCUCUUCCCGCUCACGCAGCCCCUGCUGCCGGGAGCCAGCAGUCCGCUGCAGAUCAGCCAAGCGGAGCAGGAAUCGCUGCUGGCGCACACCGGCCAGCCCGGCCCAUCUGUCGAAGUCGCCACGGUCCUGUGCGAUGAGGGCUGCAGGCUGGCCGAGGUGGGCACGGCUGCAACGCUCGACCUGUCAGGCCUCACCGGCGGCGGCGUCGCAACCCUGCGCGGGGUGCGGCCGUGCUACGUACGCAGCUUGCUCAGGGAGGGCACACCCGACGAGGUCGCAAUCGCCCUAACGGCGGAGGUCGACCCCGCCGGCGCCGACGAUCUCGGCGCCUCGCUCGACGCGCUCUGCGACGCGCUCGAGGUUGGUCGCGAGGAGGACGCGCCGCUCCUUCGGCGGCGAGCCGAGGACGGCGUGCCACUGAGCGUGGCUCGCGACCCGGAGGGGCUAUCCUUCGCACUCUGCGACCUCAUCGCCCUGUCGGCGCUGCAGGCGCAGGCCGCCCUCGAGCUCUCAUCGCCGGAGCGGCUCGCUGCGCUCUCCGCCCAGCUCGCGCGCAACCCGACGCGCGGGCGCGAGCUGCUGCAGCAGGCGGCCAAGGCGGGGAAUGCGGCCCUCUUCUGCGUCGGCAGCCCGUUGCCGGCAGUCGACGAGGCCACUUUGGCGGGUUUCGACGCGUUGGACGUCGAUCUGGUCGCCGUGUGCCCUUCCCGACAGGCCGAGGGCGGGAGCGUCCGAGUGGUCAAAGCACCGCCCUCGUCUGCGGUCGGUGUGCGUGUCGCGGCGGCACUCGGUGUCGACUUGUACGCCGCGGCGGUGCUGACUUCCCUGCUUGUCGACGAGUCGGGCUUGGUGCGCGCUCGGUGCAGCCUCGGGGACCGAUCGCAGCACCCUCGCGCGCUGCUGGCCGAGUGCGAGAGGCUGUCCGAGGACCCGACAUACGUGCAGCAGGAGACGCUGCAGGAGGCGCCCGAGCCGCCACCAGCGCCCACUGGUUUGGCCAGUGCGCAGCUUGCGACGCCGAUCAGCGGACUGAAGUGGAACUCAGCGGAAAAGAUGUUCCCGGGCCCUCAGCGGAGCUGGGAAUAG